AUGAGGCCACCUAAUUCUGAUGAGAAGCAGACCUCAGUAGAAAUAUUCGAUCCUCAGAGGAAAUGCAUUUAGAUCAGAAAAGACUUUAAUGAGAGGAAAACCUUUCAAUUGGAUUCAUUAAUGGAUCCUAAUAUUACAUAAAGCGACGUUUUUAAUUAAGUUGCAAGUGUCUUGGAAGGAUUCAAUGGGACUAUAUUUACUUACGGAUAAACUGGGACUGGCAAGACUCACACUAUGGUGGGCAGUUACGUCCCAAUAAGUAAUGAGCAGAGAGGUAUCAUUCCGAGAAGUCUUGAGUAUCUAUUCUAGCGUAUUAAAGAUGAUGAGGGAUCAUAAAAUACAUAUGAUAUAUCAAUUUAAGACUUACUUGAGCCAGAUAAUGCAGAAGUUAAGAUUAGAGAAGAUCCAAUACAAGGUGUAUUUGUUUCAGGCCUCCAAUGGGUUAGCAUUAAUUCUACUAAGAGGGGCAUGCAAGUGUUUUCUAAUGGUGAAAAGAAUCGAAGCACUUCGUUUACAAAAUUAAAUGCGCAUUCAAGCAGAAGUCAUGCCGUGUUUAUGGUGAAAAUUGAGAAGAGAAAGGAAUUCAAGAUUUAGAACUUCGACUAGAAAGCCUCUAAUGGUAUAAAUACUGGCUAUGAGAAUGGGAAUGGAAAUUAUGAUCAGAUGACACAGAGUAUGCUUUAUCUAGUAGAUUUAGCUGGAAGUGAGAGAGUCAAGAAGUCAUAAGUGUCAUCUAGCAGAUUAGACGAGGCUAAGAAAAUCAAUUUUUCUUUAGCUGCUCUAGGCAACUGCAUUCAUGCAUUAACUGAGUAAAAGACCAACACUCAUGUGCCAUUUAGAGAUUCAAAACUUACGAGAAUUUUAUCUGACUCGCUAGGUGGUAAUUCUAAAACGGCUCUGGUAGUGACAAUUGGCCCCUCUAAAGAACAUGUAGAGGAGACCAUCAUGUCUUUGUAAUUUGCUUAAAGAGCCAUGAAGGUUGAGAACAUUCCAGUCAUCAAUAAGAAGAUAGAUUAUCGAGUGAUGAAUGUUUAGCUGUAAAGUGAACUUGAUGAGGUUAAUGACUAGUUGACUAAACUGCAGAUUAGGUAUUGCAAGGUGCUUGAGCUGUUGGAAGAAAAGCAAAAGGAGAAUGAGAAUUUACUUAAAAAUAGAGGCAUGAGUAAUUAGAACAAGUAAAGUGAGUCAGAGACUGCUUAAAUAUAGUCUAUGAAGUAAGCAUACGAAGAAAUCAUCAAGAGAAAAGAAUAAGAGCACAAUAAAUUGCUAGAAGAGAUAGACUAAAUAAUGUCAGCCUAGGAGUAGCAGUUAGAUAACCUUAAGAAGUAAAACUAAGAUCUAACAGAAUAAUUAGACUCACUCUCAAACAUAGAAAAAGAUAAGAUUGAAUUAGAGUAGAGAAUUAUGGAGUUAAACGAGGAUAUCGAGAAGCAAAGGAAAAAAGAGGCUAAGCUGAAGGUGCAGUAUACAGUCAAGAUCAGUAAGUUGAAAAGUGAAUUUGAGAAAGAUAGCUUUAAGAUUAUUGAACAAGUAAAUGAACUUGAAAAGCAGUUAGAGAAAAAUGAGAUUAAGAAGAUAAGAAGUAAAAACAAGGAAAUAAUAUAAUAAUUAGAAGUUAAGUAAUAAGCACUUGAAGGAGAGAAUAAAAUAUUAGGAGAACAGGUAUACAAUCUUAACUCUGAUACAAGUGAGUUUUAAAGCCAAUUAACUCAUAUUUAAGAUGAAAAUUAGACUAUGUUAAGAUAAAUCGACGAGUUAAAUGCAAUUAUUAAAGAAAAGGAGUAAAUCUUAGUGGACUCAAAAUCCACUCAGUAAUAGGAUCACCAAUAAAUAACCCAGAAUUUUAACGAGUAAAUAAAGUUAUUAAAGUAAAGAUCUUAAGAAGAAAAGGAUUAAUUGGUUUAAAAAUAAUAGUAAUUGAUAAAAGAACAAGAAAAUAAUAUUGCUAAGCAAAAGAAAAACCAUGAGAAGAAGAUUGAAUUGAUGUAAUUAUAAAUAGAUACUAUGAAGUAGGAAAAAUUGGCUGCAAAUGAGAAGAUUUUAGAUACAAAAUAGUAAAAUGAAAAGCAAAUGGAAAGUAUCGAUGAAUUAAACAAGUAGGUUUUGUAGUUGAAAUAAAUAUUGAAAGAGAAAUAAGAGAUCAUUGAUUUACAAACCACAGAAAUUGAAGAGUAGUUAGAUGAGAAUAAAAAUUAAACUGACUAUAAAGAAAAACUUAGACAGCAGAUACUUAAUUUAUAAAAUGAGAGCCGCACUCAAAUAUAAGCUUUAAGAGAUCAGAUUAGUUAAAAAGUUACAAUUUAACUAGAGCUAGAAGAUUAAAUCAAAAACCUAUAGUAAUUAGAAUCCAAUCUGAGCAAAUAAAUAUAGGAUUUGUAAACUUAGAAUUCAGAUUAAUAAUUAAAUCAUUAAGUGGCGAUUACUGAAAUGAAGCAAUAGUAAUAAGAAUAUAAAUAAUAGCUUGAAGAUCGUUAAAAGAGAUUUCAAGUGGCAAUAGGAAGAUAGAAAUCUCAGCAUCAAUCUUAAGUAGAUGAUUUGAGUUCAGGAUUAUCCAGCUAUCUACUGGAUACAUUGAAGUAUCAAGUGGAAAAAGAGACUUUAAAGACUUAGAUGCUAAAAUAUGAUAAGGAAUUAAAGUAAAAAAGAGAAAAUAUUCUCACAUUUUCUACCUCAAUAGUAAAAUCCUUCGAUUCAUAGCCUACUUAUCCAUUAGUUAAAUAUAUAAAGGUAGAAGAUCAAGUCUAAGAUCUUAUAGAUCAGCUAAUAACAGUUGUAGAAAUAUAGCACUAAUGCUAAGUUAUGCAAGCACAAGGGAAUAGCUACUUGAAUAGCUCUACUAUUGGGGGCUAAGGGAUAUUUGAUUAGACAUUAGGAGGGGUAAUGAAUGGUUAAACUAUGAUGAUGGGACCUAGUAUGAUAUGUAUGGCUGAUAAUACUAUUAAUUACUUGGAUAUGUAUGUAACUGGUAAUAGUGUAAGCACAGCUAAUUCUCCAAAAAGUAAACCUUACAUAAUGAUUAAUGAUUAAACUAAACUACCUCCAAAACAGUCAUAACAUUCUAAAACACCUCAACAAAAUAAAAAUCUCAGAUUUUCUUAUGAAAAUUAAAUCAAUAUGGAUCAACUCUAAAUGGUUGAGAAAUUUAUCUAACUUAAGUUAUUAGAGAAUAUUCCCUGUCUUAACCUUGGCUAUGGUAAUAGGAUACCUACAUUGCCUACAUUGAAUUCAGUGUUGUAAAAAUAUCAUGAGAGAUUAUUGGGAUAAUACCAGUACCUAUCUACAUUCAUUCAAACAUUACUUUUUGUACUUUAGAGUAUGAAAGUGUAAAAUCAUUCAUAGAAUGAUUAGAUUUCUAAGCUCAAGAAGAGGUUAACAUCAACAUUAAAGGCUUUUGAGUAAUAUAAGAAAAGUAAUAAAAAGAAGGAGUAGUUUAGCAAUAAAUUAGACAGUGCAGCUAGAACAAUUCAGAGAUAUUGGAGAAAGCGCAAGAAUCGAAUUCUAAUUAAAGACAGUUACAAGGUUACACAUAAGUAUAUACAAGAAAAGCUCUAAGUAGCUGAGGCUUAAUGGCAACUUGAAGAAAAUUAGAUCUAGACAGGCAAAUUUAUGAUUUAAAAGAGUUUCACUUAAGUCAAUGAAUUUAUGCGAUUACUCCAUAAAGAGUUCAAUAAAAAGGAGAGUAUACCGAAGAUUGGAUUUAGCACUGGUGGUUUAUCUAGUAAAGUAUCAAGAUUCGUUAAUCAUAUAAAUCAAAUUAACAACAAUAAUAGUAAUAAUGUGAAUAAUACCAGUAACAAUACAAGUCUGUAGAGUAGUCAAUAUGAAUGA